CUGCCAAACAUUUGAGGCUGGCAACACCAAACAUUUCUGACAAACGAAAACUUGCACUGUAAUUGUUGAAAGAAACGCGAAUUUUUGCAAUACAAUUACAAUUUGUAAUUGAAAAAUUAAAGAUAUUCAAGAACAUCAGUCGAGAUAAUCUAUCAAAAUGCCAAGCGAAGCCGCAAAAGCCGAAAAGAAACCCACUGCUGUUAGCACAAAUGAAAAGAAGGAUGACAAUCCCAAAUCGGCGGCAGCUACGGACAAGAAAGAUCCCAGCAAAGAUGAAAAAGAACAGGAAUUGUCCGAUGAAGAUCAACAGCUGCAGGAGGAAUUGGAUAUGUUGGUGCAGCGCCUACAGGAGCCGGAUACUAAAUUGUAUAUGCCUGCGCUGGAAAUGAUGGCAAAAUUGAUAAGAGCCUCCACCACAUCAAUGACAUCGGUACCAAAGCCAUUGAAAUUCAUGCGGCCUCACUAUGAGACCAUGAAAACUCUGUACAAGCAGAUGCCCGACGAGAAGACCCGCUAUUUGUGUGCCGAUAUUAUUUCCGUUCUAUCCAUGACAAUGGGUAGCGGUAAAGAUUGUUUGGCUUAUCGUUUCUUGUGUGACCGAUCACAAAAGAUCGGUGAAUGGGGUCAUGAAUAUGUUCGCCAUUUGUCGGGUGAAAUUGCUGCCCAUUAUUUGGACACCUCAGGGGAGUUUCGGUCACAACUGAUUGAGUUGGUAAAACAAAUCAUACCCUAUAAUAUGGAACACAAUGCUGAGGCCGAUGCAUGUGAUUUACUCAUUGAAAUCGAUCAUUUGCAUUUAUUGCAAGAUUAUGUAGAUGAGUCAGCAUAUCCAAGGGUCUGCUUAUAUCUGCAAUCAUGCUAUCCCUAUGUUCCCGAGCCAGAUAAUACAAUUAUCUUGGAAACGGCUUUACAAUUGUCGAGGAAAUUUAAUCAAUACACCCAGGCUAUGCGUUUGGCAUUGAUGCUAAACGAUAUGGAUAAGAUUACGGAAAUCUUUAAGGAAACCAAGGAUGCUGCUGUACAAAAACAAUUGGCAUUUAUGUUGGCACGUCAACAAGUUUGUUUGGAACUGGAUGAAUCAUUCCCCGACUAUGAUGAUUUAAUGGAAAUAAUGUCCAAUGCCAAUUUGAAUAAACACUUUUUGAAUUUGGCUCGUGAAUUGGAUAUCAUGGAACCCAAGACCCCUGAAGAUAUUUACAAAUCUCACUUAGAUAAUGCCAGGACACGGUUUGCUUCUAUCCAGGUCGAUUCUGCCAAACAAAAUCUAGCUGCCAGUUUUGUAAAUGGUUUCGUCAAUGCCGGUUUUGGUGUUGACAAACUCCUCUCCGAAGAUGGCAACAAAUGGCUGUACAAGAACAAAGAACAUGGCAUGUUGUCGGCCACAGCCUCAUUGGGUCUGAUUCUGUUGUGGGAUGUUGAUGGUGGUCUGACCAUGAUUGACAAAUAUUUAUACUCCACUGAGGAUUAUAUUAAAUCUGGUGCCCUGCUGGCCUGUGGUAUUGUCAAUUGUGGCAUCCGCAAUGAAGUCGAUCCUGCCCAUGCUUUGCUCUCUGAUUAUAUUCACAAUCAGAACACUUCCAUGCGUAUUGGAGCUAUCCUUGGUCUGGGUAUUGCCUAUGCCGGUUCAAAUCGUUCCAUUGUCAUCGAUACAUUAAAGACUGUUUUCUCACAAACACCAAGUGUGGAAAUAAUGGGUAUUACUGCUCUGUCCUUGGGCUUGAUUGGUGUUGGCUCCUGCAAUGCGGAGAUCACAGAGAUUCUUUUACAAACCAUUAUGUUCUUAACAAAAUCCGAUUUAAAGGAUACCUUUGCCCGUUUCUUGUUCUUGGGUUUGGGCCUACUCUAUCUGGGACGUCAAAAGGCCACGGAGGCGGUUAUGUUAACUUUGGAGGUUGUUGAGGAACCCUACAGAUCCAUGGCCAUGACCAUGGUUGAUAUUUGCGCCUAUGCUGGUACCGGCAAUGUUUUGAAAAUUCAACAAUUGUUGCAUAUUUGCUCGGAUCAUUAUGAGACCUCAAGCAACAGUGAAAAUGAAGACAAGAAUAAGAAGGAUAAGAACAAUAAGGAAAAGGAAAAGGCCGAAAAGGAGAAGGAGAAAGAAAAGGAUCUCUCUGCCACCCAAUCCAUUGCUGUUUUGGGUAUUGCCUUGAUUGCCAUGGGUGAAGAUAUUGGCGCCGAAAUGGCCUUCCGUUCCUUUGGCAAUUUGUUGCGUUACUGUGAACCCUGUAUACGACGUGCUGUACCCCUGGCCUUGGGUUUGAUAUCUGCCUCCAAUCCUAAGCUUAACAUUUUGGAUACACUGAGUAAAUUCUCACAUGACAGCGAUGCUGAAGUUGCCCACAAUGCAAUUUUCGCUAUGGGUCUUGUUGGUGCUGGCACCAAUAAUGCCCGUUUGGCCGCCAUGUUGCGUCAAUUGGCCCAAUAUCACUCCAAGGAUCCCAGCAAUUUGUUUAUGGUACGCAUUGCCCAAAGUUUAACACAUUUGGGUAAGGGUACUCUGACCCUCAGUCCAUAUCACAGUGACCGCCAGCUAAUGAAUCCCAUGGCAGUGGCUGGUCUCAUGGCUACAUUGGUGUCGCUGCUCGAUGUUAAAAAUCUCAUUUUGGGACGUUCACAUUACCUGCUCUACACUUUGGUGCCCGCCAUGCAGGCUCGCAUGUUAGUUACCUUCGAUGAAGAUCUUAAUCAAUUGCAAGUACCCGUACGUGUCGGUAUGGCCAUCGAUGUGGUGGGACAGGCUGGCAAACCGAAAACAAUUACCGGUUUCCAAACACACACCACACCUGUACUCUUGGCAAUGGGUGAACGUGCCGAAUUGGCUACAGAGGAAUAUAUCGCCCUGACACCAAUAAUGGAAGGUUUCGUUAUACUUAAGAAAAAUCCCAAUUAUGUUAAAUAAGAGUGCAGUUAUAAUUAAAAAAAAAAAACAAAAA